UGAGAUGUUGAUGUAGGAAGGCACAGGAACACCCUCAGACAGAGACCACUGGCUUGACCACUGUAGCAAAUUCUUCCCCACCCAAGCCUCCUGAGAUUAACAGUUCUUUAGCAGCCCGUAACAAAAUCGCAGAAACUACAUGCCGAACAGUGAGUUGUCUCGUUGAGAGAGGACGUGCUGAUGAACUAGUCUCGACGCCGGCCGGUCGGACAGACGGAGGGGAGGGACGGCUGCAGAGGACGUGAUGAGUAGCCCCGCGAGUGUUUUCUGGUGAAUGGAUCAGGGUGAGCCGUGAAGAUGCGUUGCCUGGCAGCCCGCGUCCACUACAAGACGCUGAUUGUGAUCUGCGCCCUGCUCACGCUCCUCACCGUCCUGCUGUGGAACAAAUGCUCCACCGAGAGGCCGCUGCGGUUCCUGCCCAGGCCCCAGCCCGCGCCCAGCCCCAAGGGCGACGGCAGCCUCCUGCAGCAACCCCCGCAGCCCCCCGAGCCCCCUCCCGUGGUCGGGGGGGUCAAGUACGAAGAGAUCGACUGCCUCAUCAACGACGAGGACACUAUUAAGGGCCGGCGAGAGGGUGGCGACGUGUACCUGCCCUUCAGCUGGAUGGAGAAGUACUUCGAGGUGUACGGCAAGGUGGUGCAGUACGAUGGCUACGACCGCUUCGAGUUUUCGCACAGCUACUCGAAGGUGUACUCCCAGCGUGAGCCCUACCACCCCAGCGGCGUCUUCAUGUCCUUCGAAGGCUACAACGUGGAGGUUCGGGACCGUGUCAAGUGUAUCAGUGGAGUAGAAGGAGUACCUCUGUCCACGCAGUGGGGGCCGCAGGGCUACUUCUACGCCAUCCAGAUCGCCCAGUACGGCCUGAGCCACUACAGCAAGAACCUGACGGAGCGUCCGCCACACAUGGAGGUGUACGACAUGGCGGAGGAGCGAGACAGCCGGCCUAGUGCCUGGACCGUCCCCAAGGGCUGCUCCCUCAGCCGCGUCUACGACAAGACGCGCGCGUCCUCGGUCCGGCAGUUCAGCGCACCAGAGAAUUCCGAAGGGGUCUCUCUUCCGCUGGGAAACACAAAGGACUUCAUCAUCUCCUUCGACUUGAAGUUCGUGUCCAACGGGAGUGUUUCCGUUGUCCUGGAAACCACAGAGAAGGGGCCUCCGUUUGUCAUUCACUACGUCACCACCUCGCAGCUCAUCGCCUUCAAGGACCGAGACAUCACCUACGGCAUCGGCCCCCGCACCGCCUGGACCACAGUGACCCGGGACCUUCUGACAGACCUGCGCAAGGGCAUCGGCCUGUCCAACACGAAAGCCGUCAAGGCCACCAAGACGAUGCCGCGGCGCGUGGUGAAACUGGUGCUCCACGGGCGUGGCGCCAUCGACAACGUCACCAUCUCCACCACCUCGCACAUGGCUGCCUUCUUCGCGGCCAGCGACUGGCUGGUGCGGAACCAGGACGAGCGGGGUGGCUGGCCCAUCAUGGUCACGCGCAAGCUGGGCGAGGGCUUCCGGGCGCUGGAGCCCGGCUGGUACUCGGCCAUGGCACAGGGCCAGGCCAUGUCCACACUGGUGCGCGCCUACCUGCUGACCAAGGAUGACGUGUACCUGCGGGCGGCCCUGCGCGCCACGGGGCCCUAUCGCAUGCCCUCGGAGCAGCACGGCGUCAAGGCCGUGUUCAUGAACAAGUACGACUGGUACGAGGAGUACCCCACUACGCCCAGCUCCUUCGUACUCAACGGCUUCAUCUACUCGCUCGUCGGCCUGUACGACCUGGCCGAGACGGCGGGCGAGAAGCUGGGCAGGGACGCCGGCCAGCUCUUCAGCAAGGGCAUGGAGUCCCUCAAGGCCAUGCUGCCACUCUACGACACGGGUUCCGGAACCAUCUAUGACCUUCGCCACUUUAUGCUGGGCUCGGCCCCCAACCUGGCCCGCUGGGACUACCACACCACGCACAUUAACCAGCUGCAGCUGCUGGGCACCAUAGACAACUCGCCCAUCUUUAGGGACUUUGUCAAGCGCUGGAAAAGCUACCUAAAGGGAGGAAGGGCCAAGCACAACUAGGGCUGCUCACCGCCACCCAGCUGGUGAGGGGUGGACGGCGGCGCACUCACCUGCGGACAAGUCCAGUCACACCACGCCGGUGCUGGAGACGGAACGCAGUGUCCAAAUGGUGAAAAGUGGUGUGUUGCAGGUUCCAGCCUAGAAAAGUUACUGAACUCUUUUAGUAGUGUGCAGUUUUCUUUCCUGAAACUGUAAUUGCAGUGCUUAUCUUUGCUGUGAUGGCAGUAAUGCAUAGUAAUGCAUACAAAGAAAUGUGGCUCCCAGCAGUUUGCCGUUUCCUGAUGGGGUCGUGGUGAGGAUUAUUUUAUUCUCGAGUCUACACUAGAAAUCUUCAGGCCUGGAAUAUACAGUGAGUUAUUAACUCCUGAGAUGUCUGGGCUCUUUUUCUUUUUUUCCUGAUGAAAAAGUUAAAAGUGUGAGAGAAAGAAUUGUUUAUUAUUAGAGAGCUAAAACCAAACAUAUUAACAUGAGUAAUUACGGAUAUAACCGAAGCAAAUUCUCUAUUAUGACAGAACCCCAUCAAAAAUAUCAAGAAGGAUACCUUCUUGUGUGUGUGAAAAGAUUGCCUUUUAUAUGGACAGUUAAUUUUACAGUAACUGAGAGAGGUCUCUGGUUUAAAAAAUAAAAAAAAUAAAUAUAAAUUUUGGGUGAGCCUAGUUUAGCGGUGUAUUUUGCUACAAGUGAUCUUCCUUUGUUGUGGGAAUUCCUUCCCAUUCCUUGCUGUGCAGUAGCCCUCUCCCCGAGGAGACUAGUCCCAGAUUGGAAUAGCUUUGUUAGCCCUCUCCAUAACAUGGCCCCCUGUUGAGUAUGGAGCUUCACCACAAUCACCUUGUGUCUGUUUUGAUGCUGCAGCGGCAGGGCCCGUAAUCCAGUUAGGGUUUCGGUGCGAUGUUCUCAGGUUAGCGGGAUGGUGGUUUUCUAAAAUGGUGCGUUUGCGAGGCGCUCGGGAAAAACGCCUAAAGGCUUUGGCCCGCGACCGGCUGUCAGCACAUGCUCCCCCUCAAAGGUAGGAAAUUGUGGCGUUGGGAAGGGGAAAAAAAACUAAACCUGCCCUCUUUAGUUGUCGGAGGAGGAGCUUGGAGUGUAAUCCAAGACAACAAAGGGAAAGGAUUAACACAUUUGGCCUAUACUGGCUUGGGAACUUAGCCUAGCAUGACUGUAACGUUAGAGUUGAGGGUUCCCUUCAAUCGCCUCUUCUUUAGUCAGUGGCAGGCAGAUCUUAAAACAAGCUGAAAUCGAUUCGUUAUGUCAAAGACAAACUUAAAAAAAAAAAAAAGAAAGAAAUUCACAGUGAUUUUGUAAAAGGCCUAUUCUGUUUUGAAGGUUGCGACUUCAAACCUCUUCUCAUCUUUGCUUCAAGUUGAAGACUUUGCACUUUACUUGUGUGAUAGUGAUGCCUUGUAUGAAUCUCUCAACACAUUUAUCCAGUCCUGUAAUCCAAUGUUAGUGGAUUUCAUACGCAACAUUUGUUUGUUUCUCCAUUUCAGACUCCCUUGCCUUUCGACCCUUCCUAACACAGAGGAGAAUACAGUAAUAUAUAAGGGAAUAUUUUCAGAAUAAAGCAUUAGCCUAACUUUGUUCACUUCAGUUUAGUGCUGACUCUUUAGUCUAGCUUUGUUUACUUCAGUUUAGCGCUGACUCAUGAAACCUCUAGCUCUAGCUCUCUAGCCUCUAGCUGACUCUUGUUCAUCGUCAUUGGAACGAGAUGCUUUUGGCAGCUGGAACUCAGUGGCAGCCUAAUAACCCCACCCAACUCUCAAUUUUCUUUUGUCGGAUUCUCUUACUCGAGUUAGUAAGAUACCUCACCAUUUGUGUGUGUGUGUGUGUAUGGAUGCUUGUGUGGAUCUAUGUGGUUAAAACAACAAUACAGCCUCAGCUUAGUCGCUGGCAAAUUCAGCAAGCAAACAAACGGCUUGCUGGUGUCAUUACAGCGGCCCGGAGGAUUUUCUGGACAUCAGUGUUGGCCGAGAUGUUCCCCAGUGCCGUGCAGCCAAUGACAGCUGGUCCUUUUCCUCAUCCCUUGUUUGCGACGGCUUAACCUGUUUAAUCUCUGGGCUUUGAUGCUGCAUGUGAGUUAGCAAGGAGGUGGACGCAGGGCUACCCCUAACACCACUACUUAAUAGGACUGGGAAUGUGGGAUUAGAGUGCAUCUCAAGAUGUGUGUUCAUCUGUUGCCGUGCGGUCAGAGGAACAGAAUAUUAAAGUCCGGCCAUGCGUGGCUUAAAGGCAGAAUAUAAUACGCUGGUUGCAGUGUUCAAUUCCAUUCACAUCGACAGUUAUGGUUUUAAGAUUCAAGCGAGCAAGUGUUUUUUUUUUUCCAUCAUCUUUUUUUUUAACAUCAUCAUUCCUUUUUCAAUGUCCAUAGGAAAGAUAAGAAUAUUACAACAGAAUUAUCUUCAGUCUGGCAACUGGUUCAAGAACCACGCUUAGCCACUCUAUCAAAGAGUCUUCAGUCACCAGACUUCCCACACUUCUUUUGUGCCUGAAUAAUGCAAAGCUUUCCACUGGUCAGAAGAAUUGACCAAGAUCUUCCACUCAUUCACUCACUCACUCACUCACUCACUCUGCAUAGUCCUGUUGAGUACUGUUACGUUUGGUCUGCUCUCUGUGAGUCGGCGGCUGGCUGUUGUCUGACGGAAGUCAGAGGGAUUCCAGAUGUGCAUUGUUUGCAUUUUGACAGUCCUGUCGGUCCUGACAAGGGCACGGCAGACUGUAAAAGCCCCUUCUGAUGGGGUCAUGUCAGUCCACCUCUGCGAUGACCACAUCCCUGGCAUGUCCAUCCGUCUGCCGUCUAGGAUGCCAAACUACUCUAAACCCUCUGAGAGUCCUACAGCAUGGGCCUCUCCGCUAUCAGAGUGGCUGUGACUGCAGUGCUGAUGGGAUUGUUCCGAUACAGACCAUUUGUUGAGCUCACGACACUAGGGUUGAGGGGAGCCUGAUAGCAUUCACAUUUUUAUGAUUAUCGUCUUUUUUCCAUGACUAUUACUAUGCACAUUUGCCACACAAUGGGACUAAAAGCGCAGUAUGUCUUUUUAAAGGGAAACAAAAAACGGUUACCACAAGGGGACUGUGCAGCUUACUUUUUUUCCUUCUUUUUUUCGUUUAUACCAAAGUCUUUAAAAGCCUGGCUAUUUCAUUUCACGUGUCAUUGUUUUUGUUUAUAUGCUAAUGGUGCCAUGGAGCAUUUGUUAGCGUCCGAAGAAGUGCGAAGAAGUGCUGAAACGUUUGUGUCCCACAGAGAAGGGAACUGCCUAUCUAAAGACUUUUUAGUUUUGAGAGUUUUCGAUUUUAUGUAGAGCAUGAUGAGAGAUGAACAAUAAAUAUAUACUUUUUAAAAAUUAAAAAUCACAACUGUUUAAAGGGUUGUGUGCGACUGCACAGAUUGUGAUCGAACUGAACUGAGCUUCGAAAAACCAUUCUGGUGGCAUUAUACUUUUUUGUUUGGUGGUGGGGGGCUAAUUCUUGUACCAGGACUUCUUUUAUUAGUUUCCAUAGGGCAGGGUAGCUUUUUUCUUUUGGGGUGAGCUGUCUAUCAAAGGGAACAGCAGUUAAGCACAACAUUAGGCGGGGAUUACACUGGCCAGCAGCAAGCGGCAGGUUUCCUAUUGUUCUCUAUGGUUCGGCAGCGGAACGGUGGCAGCGCUAGCGUUGAACAAGCUGAGCAUUGAACUUGGUUCAACUUUCAAAGCCCAACGCGAGCAUAUUCAAUUGCCAGUUUAGGCAAACCAUUUGUGUUACUUAGGAACGAGAUAGAACUUAUGGUCUGAGCGUUGCGUUACUUGCGCUUGCUGCUUGCCGCUGGCCAGUGUGAUCCUCGCCUUAGUAUCUUACUCUUUUUUUUUUAAUUUAUUCUCAUCCAUUUUGUUUUUUAUUUCUGGACAAUGUGCAACGCCUUUCUUGGGAAGCUGCUAUUGUUGUUCACUGUGGAAUAUAGGAACGUCUAGUCAUCUUUAUGUCUCUCAUGUCUCAUUUUCUUUAUCCAGUAAAAUUGUGUGUGUGUGUGUGUGUGUGUGUGAGUGUGAGUGUGAGAGAGAGAGAGACCCCAGCCACAUGUGACGUAUGCAAUAAACCGUUUACUGGGUUGCUGUAGCAGCAGGCAUCCAGAGAGGUUGUACAAACUUUGCAAUCCAAGCACAAUGUGCACAUGUGACCAUUUUUAUGCAGGAAAAAAAAACGUGUUUAUAUAAGAGUUGAAUCUUUGUGCUUUAAAUUGCUUUUUAAGAAGUUGUAAAAUAAAGGCCUCUUUUUCCUAAAUGUGUCUGCCUGUGUUAAACAUGUCAGGUUUAAGAAAAUAAAGUUCAUGUUGAAUAUU